AUGAGCAUCGUGCCAUCUAUUGGACCUCUUCGAAAGCUCUACCAAGAUGCUUCGCUGGAUAUCGAGCAUAGAUCCUCCAGAUUCUGGCAGGUUUGGCUACAGCGAACCUUCCAUGAAGACGCUUACUGGGUCUUGUGUGAAAUGCCUCCCGACCAAUCCCUCAGAAGAGUGGACGCGGUAGUGGAGAGGUAUGACGCAAGCCAUGACACUGUAUCCGCCAUGCUCUGGAUAGAGUUUAAACGACCAUCAGGCAGUGUGAGGGAGGUAGAGAGUCAAGCCCUUGAUGCAGCGGGAAGAUGCAUCAGAACCAAUGAUCUAGAGUCUGUAUAUGUCAUGACUACAGUUGGUGUUUCGUUCCGUGUCUGGAGUGUCUAUGGAUCGGAUCUGUCAUCCCUUGUACCAUUUCACGGUGGCCCAGCUGAUGCAAGCCGGUCUCAAUACGUCAAUGCGGACUCCUACGAGGCUGAGGUCCUUUCCAGAUUUGUCGAAACGGUCAAAGCCUACCCUCCGCUCCGUCGAGCACCAGUUGUUCCGAGUCAAUCUCUCCCUCUGGCUAGUCAUCAGCAGACUGAAUACAGUCAGGUGGACUAUUCGGGUUAUCCAGCUGUUCAGCAAGGCUAUGGAUCGGUUGCAACCCAAGCCGGAUAUGCAAGCGGAUCACAGAGUGAGGCCGGCCCGUCAACUUCGUACUACGGUCAAUAUUCAACGCCAGCCACCGGUGGAUACGGGCAGGCAACUUCUGCCAGUGAUCAGUUCAUCAAAGUUCAGGUCAGCCGGGUUGGUCACUUCGGGAGGUCCACAGAAUAUUUCUUCAACGAUAUCAAUGGCAACCAGAAGAGAACCACCAAGGAUGACUGGAGGGAGGUCACAUACAAGGGCAAGGCUGCAUGGGUAAAUUCUCGACGAGGCGUCACUUACUACACCCGCGACAGAAUCGGAUAA